AUGAUUUUACAUUUUGCCACAUCAAAUAAAAAUAAAUUUAAUGAAGUUAAAGAUCUACUCGACAUAGAACUUAAACAUUCACAUAACAUAGAACUUAAACAGUUACAUGAAGAUAUAACUGAAAUACAAGGAUCUAAAGAAGAUAUAGCAUUGGAUAAAUUAAAAAAGGUAUGUAAAUAUCACACAGACAAGUGGAUAAUAAUAGAUGAUACUAGCAUAGAACUAAGUGCUCUUAAUGGGUUUCCUGGUCCUUACGGUAAAGAUUUUCUCCUUAUUGGCAACCAGUGUAUUGAAAAUUUAGUAUCUAAAAUUGGUAGAGAUGCUGUUUCUAGUUGUAUUGUAGGACUAGGUAACUUUAAUAAAAAUAUUUAUAAGCUUUUUUAUGGUAAGGUGAGUGGAACAAUUAUUAAAGGAAAAGAAGGUGGAUUUGGGUUUGAUAGUAUUUUUUUACCAGAUGGAUCUGAUAAAGUAUACGGAGAUAUUUCUGUAACAGAAAAAAAUAGUAUAAGUCAUCGGGGAGAAGCAAUAAGAAAAUUAUUAAGUUACAUUACGCAAAAUAAAUUAUAA